CUGAAUUGUUUCCGGCUGAACUUGACCGAUCCGGUAGUAGUAAGUUUAUGUUUUCGGAGAGACGGUGGAGGUGACCCGUCUGUCUGUAGGACACACCGAAAAAAACGAAACCGAGCUGGAGCGGGUCAGACCAUAACGUCGCCAUGGGAGCGCACCUCGUCCGCAGCUACGUGACCAAUCCGGACACCGAACCGGACCCCUUGAACCCGGCCGGGUUUGCCCCCGAUCUGGGAUUUGCAGAGAGAAAAGAGCGAGUGAUGGUAGCCACACAGGAGCAGAUGAAUGAGGCUCAGUUGCCCGUCGAGCAGCGAGAUUACUGCGCUCACCACCUCCUCAAACUAAUGAAGUGCAAGAGAGACAACUGGCCCAACUUCCUAGCCUGCAAGCAUGAGCGCCAUGACUGGGAUUACUGCGAGCACCAGGACUAUGUGAUGCGGAUGAAGGAGUUUGAGAGGGAGCGCCGUCUUCUGAUGAGAAAGAAGAGGACAGAAGAAGCACAGGCAGCCUGAUACUGGAGACCAUCACCCCCAGCAAGCUGCACGUCCAGGCAGGAGAAAGGCAUCUGUUUCUGUACAUAAUCUUAUUUACACAAAUAAAACCUAAAUGGAUCCAACAUAAACCUGCACUUGUGUCAUUCUUACUGUAAGGGAGCGGCAAGCACGUGCCAGAUUGAUGUUUUAAAUAUGUUAAAGCCCCAACAAAACACAGUGCUGGUGUUAAUCCACCCUAGUAUUUAUCGGGUGAUUGAAAUAAAAAAUCAGCAAUGUGACUUUUUUUCUGUGUUUUCACCAUCACGCUGCAUUCUGUUACGCAGUCAAAGCCUGCAGGUGGCUAAAGGGUGGACUUUUUUUUUCUUGUAUCAGGAAAACUAUUUAUCCAAUUGUGAUGCAACUUGAUAUUAACAGUUUAGUAUUAGAUUCUCUUCUAUAUGGGUGUCUGUCUGUAUGUCACACUUUAAAAAAUAAAUUAUAAAUGAGAA